AUGUCUAGGUGGAAUUGGAAAGGGUUAUUGAAUUAUGGUAGUAAUGGUGGUGGUAGUGGUGGUGGUGGUAGCAGUAGUAGUGUAAGUGGUAGUAGUUGUAGUAGAAAAAGUAUAAGUAGUAGUAGUGGUAUUAGUAGAAGUACUGGUAAUGUAAGUGGUGGUGGUGGUAGUCAAAGUCGUAGUGGUAGAGGCGGUAGUGGUGGUAAAAAUGGUAGUGGUAGUAGUCUUAGUGGUAGUGUUAAUGGUAGUGGUGGUGGUAGAAAUGGUAGUGGUAUCGGUGAUGGUAGUGGUAGUUAA